CCAAUUUUUUCUCCCCUUUUUUCCCCAUUUUCCCCCCAUUUUUCCCUCAAAAAAAAUCCAAUUUUUUCCCCUUUUUUUCCCCUUUUUUCCCCUUUUUCCCCCCAAAAUUCUAAAAAAUGAAAUCCGCCCCCAAAACCCGCGGAAAUCUCCCCAAAAACGAAGAAAAACCCGAGGAAGAUGAAGGAGUCGCCCUCAAGAAGGAGAUCGGGCUCCUCAGCGCCUGCGGCAUCAUCGUGGGUAACAUCAUCGGCUCGGGCAUUUUCGUGGCUCCCCGUGGCGUUUUGGCUCACGCCGGUGCCGUGGGUCCCUCCCUCAUCGUCUGGGCGCUGUCGGGGGCGGUGACGGCGGCCGGGGCUCUCUGCUACGCCGAGCUGGGCGUGGCCCUGCCCCUCCCCGGCGGCGACUACGCCUACGUCAGCCACGCCUUCGGGCCCCUCACGGGUUUCCUGCGCCUCUGGAUCUCCCUGCUGGUGAUUUACCCGACCAACCAGGCCGUCAUCGCCCUCACCUUCGCCAACUACGUCCUGCAGCCGCUCUUCCCCUCCUGCCCCACCCCCGAGAGCGCCCAGAGGAUCCUGGCUGCCGCCUGCCUGCUUCUGCUGACGUGGGUGAACUGCGGCAGCGCCCGCUGGGCCACGCGGGUCCAGGACGCCUUCACGGGGGGGAAGCUGCUGGCGCUGGCGCUGAUCGUGGGCGCCGGGGCCCUGCUCAUGGCCAGAGGUGAGCACUUCUGGCUCCGCCCCUCGCAGGCCUUCACCUUCUGGGCGGGGCCGGGGGCGGGGCCGCUGUUCCUGGCCUGUCUCCAGGGCUCCUUCGCUUACGGGGGUUGGAAUUUCCUCAAUUACGUCACCGAGGAGCUGCGGGACCCCGAGAGGAACCUGCCCCUGGCCAUCUCCAUCUCGCUGCCGCUGGUCACCUUCCUGUACGUGGCGGCCAACGUGGCGUACCUGGCGGCCAUGAGCCCGCAGGAGAUCCUGCAGAGCGACGCCGUGGCCGUGACGUUCGGGGAGAAGGUUCUGGGCCCCAUGGCCUGGGUGAUGCCGUUCGCCGUCGCCCUCUCCACCUUCGGCGGCGUCAACGGUUCCCUCUUCACCUGCUCCAGGCUGUUCUACGCGGGCGCCCGGGCGGGGCAGCUGCCGGCCCUGCUGGCCAUGAUCCACCUGCGGCGCCGCACGCCCGUCCCCGCCCUGCUGAUCACGUGCGCGUCGACGCUGCUGAUGCUGGUGACGGGCGACAUUUACACGCUGAUUAAUUACGUGGGGUUCGUUAAUUACCUGUGGUACGGCGUCACCGUGGCCGGGCUGCUGCUGCUGCGCUGGAGGGAGCCGGAACUGCCCCGGCCAAUCAGGGUGAGGCCACGCCCACUUCCGGGGAAACUGAGGCCACUUCCGGUUAAACCACGCCCACUUCCGGUCUGA